CAAGAGAAAAGAAAUCAGCCAAUCACACUCUCUCUCGGUCUAUAUAUAUUUAGUAAAAAAAUCGCAAUUAACUACUUUGUUCUUCUUCAGCUAAGAUCCACCUCGAACCUCUCUCUCAUCCGCCGUCACAUCCAGCAACUGUCACCGUCGCAAGAACACCGUUCAAAUGAGAGAGGAAACUCCAAACUGGCUCAUCAGAUGUGAGGAGGAGCUUCCUUCGCCGGAAGAGCUCAUACCUAUCUCUCAAACCUUAAUCACUCCUCACCUAGCUCUUGCUUUCCAAAUAGGAAGCCACAACAAUAUUCACUCCUCGCCGAAGAGAACCGCCGCCAUGUACCACCAGAAGCUCCAACCCGCCGCCACUCCAUCUCCAACUAUGAUGAAUACUGACUUCGGCGGAGACUCAUCGACUGAUCUCGGCUCAGGAGGAGGAGGAGGAGGAGGAGACGAGCCAGCGAGGACGCUGAAACGGCCGCGUUUAGUAUGGACGCCGCAGCUGCACAAGCGUUUCGUGGACGCGGUUGGUCACUUAGGGAUCAAGAACGCAGUUCCUAAGACGAUAAUGCAGCUGAUGAGCGUUGAAGGGUUAACGAGAGAGAACGUUGCGAGUCAUCUCCAGAAAUACCGUCUCUACCUCAGGAGAAUGCAAGGCGGGAACGGUAACGGAGUCUCCGGAGGACACGUCAUCGUCUCGGACUCGGCUACUGACCGGCUCUUCGCGAGCUCGCCGGUUCCGGCGCAUUUAUUGAGCCAUGAGUACUUGAUGCCGUCACCGUUGAUGAAUCCUUAUUUAGGGAAACAUGUGGUAACACAGCAGAACCAUGUGGUUCGUAAUUUGAGGUAUGAAGAUUCGGAGUAUGGUAAUGGAGAUGGUGGUAGGAAGGUUCUUAAGCUCUUUCCUGCUGGAAAUUAAAUGAGAUUUGAAUUAUUUAACUCAAAUUUCUUAUGAGAUUAAUAAAGUUUUAAGGUAUGUGGGGAUCAUCUUUGUAAUCUGCAUUUUUCGUCAGGUUUUAAUAAUGUAUUGUUCGUGUAUAUUUUUAAGCAAAUGAUGAUUUAACUCUUGUUUGUAUGAUGUUAUCAUCAUUUGUAUUCACUAGAAUCAAGUGUUUU